AGCUCAGCUGAAGGCAUUAACUAAGAUGACAACUGCAGCCAGCCAUUCUUAAUGUCUACACUGCGUUCUUAGCAACUUUUGUCAACAAAUGUUUACACGAACACAAAAGCAACAAAUAAACAGAAGGAAAAAUAAUAUCCUGAGAUGAAAGAAAUUUAAAGAAAUAAUCAAAUUGCAAGAGUUAAAAAUCAGAAGUUCUAAAGUAUUAUUAAAACAACCACAAUGAAAGACUCCAACACAAAGUUUAUUGAGAUUAUAGACACUCUAGAAGCACAAUUGAAAUGUCUUGAAGAUAUCCGCAAAGUUAUAACGAAGAAGAAGGAAAAGGAAAUGAGACUUUGUCAGAGGGUUGUUAGUCUCCGAGUCCGGAAUGUGCAUAAUGUUGAUGACUUUUUGAAUUGGUUUGGUACAAAAGACUGGCCACUCAUCUUUGAAGAGAAAUCUCCACAACCAAAUGUAAUGACUGAAGAAGUACUCAAAGAAGCAUUAAAAAGUGCACUCCCUAAUUUGGAUGACCAAUUUGAAAGGAUUAAAGUAAAAAUUGAUGCCGUUGAAGAAGAUGUAGAUGAUAUUCUCAGUUUUCUGCAAGAAAGUAUACCUAAGAAAGUGUCAAUUACCAAUAUUGUCAAUAAAGCCCAUGCAUCUCAAGUAAAGAAGGCUCAAAUGAAAAAGGAAAGCACCAAAGAUCCGGAUUUGAGUAAACCAUCAACACAGGAAACAUCUGAAUCUUUGGAUUUUGUUGGACUCAUUGGAUCUUUAGAUACAAUGACAAUUUUGAAGAAAGUCUUUGAUUCUUUGCACAUGAAGAACAAGACCCGUGUUGUAUUUGAAACCAUUUUUUUGUCAGAGAACACAAAAGUCCUUGUCGAGAGUAUCUUUUGGUGGAUAUAUUUAGACUUAUUAGAGCCUACUAUGCAUCAAAGCAAAGAACUGCUAUUUUCACGCAUGGCUGAAAAAUAUGUUGCAAUGCUGAUGUCCAUCCCAACUGGUUAUAAUGAUGUCAUUCUCAAUAAAAUUCCCAAAGCCCUCUCUCAAGCUACUUAUGUGGCCUUUUUUGAUGGCUUACGGACACACCACCAGUAUUUCGAUGACAACUUUAAACAGUAUAUAUUUUCUUAUAUUACUAAAUGGACCACUGGAAUCACGCCCCAGCCAGGAGCUGGUAAUAAAGAACGAGAGAAGAUGGCUAAGUUGACUGGAGAGAGAACUGAGACUAUCGCUGAGAUGCUAACUCACUCUAUUUUGUCUAAUAAACCUGUUAAACUAGACUUGACCAUGCAAGAUUUAGAGGAUCUACAAAAACAUCAGGAGAACAAAUCUCUUUUCAAGGUAUCUCCAAUGAAAGAGGUUCCUAGAUUGUCUGUGACAAAAGAUACUCCAAAACAGAAGGAAACUUGUGAGCCAGAAGUAGCAGUUGACAACCUGCACCUGGAGAAGGUGAAGUUUGAUUUAUACAGCCAAUGUCCAUUGGUCAACUACUGUAUGUACAACAGGAAGAUGUCAGCAAUUUAUAUGAUACCAUCCAAUCAAAUUAUUCAACGCCUUCAAAGAACUGAGAAGACUCCAGAGAAAACAUUUUUGAACAAUUUAAAACAAUAAAGUUCUUUUAUUCCCAGAGAAACUAUGAUGAUGUUAAUAACAAUAGGUUGAAAAUUUGAAGAUCAGAAUGGCGAUUGCAGAACUAAUAGAUAAACACUGACUUUGGCCAGUGAUGUGAAUAUGAGAUGACCUGAUCUAAAAAUAAUACUCUUUUUAUGUAAAGUGUGGCCAAAUAAUCAUAUCUUGUUUUCUA